CUGCCUUGUGACACACGGAGGGAGAGGGAGAGAGAAGGGCUCUUCCCUGGCAGCUCCUCUCUGCUGCUGCCGGUGCCGCAGUCAUGGCUGCGGACGGGGGGGACGAGCGGUCCCCGCUGCUCUCGGCGCCCAGCUCCGGCAGCGUCACCCCGACCGCGCCUCCCUACCUGCCCGACGGCAGCCCCCGAGAAUUGCGGAAAAGCUGCGGGACAACAGCAGAACUCCCACCUCCAUAUACCGCCAUUGCCAGUCCAGAUGCCAGUGGUGUUCCUGUAAUAAACUGCCGUGUGUGCCAGUCUCUAAUCAAUUUGGAUGGCAAGCUUCACCAGCAUGUUGUUAAGUGCACAGUUUGCAAUGAAGCUACGCCAAUCAAAAACCCUCCUUCAGGGAAGAAGUAUGUUAGAUGUCCAUGUAAUUGUCUCCUAAUCUGUAAGGAUACAUCUCGAAGAAUAGGCUGUCCAAGACCCACGUGUAGACGCAUCAUUAAUCUUGGUCCAGUGAUGUUGAUUCCAGAAGAACAGCCAGCUCAGCCUGCCAUGCCUGUUCAACCAGAUGGUACUAGGGUAGUGUGUGGACACUGUGGAAAUACAUUUUUGUGGAUGGAACUGAGAUUUAACACUCUGGCAAAAUGCCCGCACUGCAAAAAAAUUUCCUCUGUUGGAAGUGCACUACCAAGAAGGCGCUGCUGUGCAUACAUUACUAUUGGAAUGAUAUGCAUUUUCAUUGGAGUUGGACUAACUGUUGGUACACAAGACUUUGCCAUGCGUUUUCAUGCAACAUAUGUUUCUUGGGCUAUUGCUUACGUCUUAGGCUUAAUCUGCCUUAUUCGAGCCUGUUACUGGGGAGCCAUAAAAGUCAGUUAUCCAGAGCACAGUUUUGCAUAGACUUAUAUUGGUAGAUUGUAGCAGGUGAGACGGUCUCUCUACUAGUUCUGGAUUCUACAUGUUGGACACUUUUCAACUGUUUUCCUGUAAGGAUUCUAUUCUGUUAAAAGUAGUUUUAAGACUGGGGAUCUUUUAAGAACAAAUGUUCAUUGCACUACAUUAUAUGCAAAUGGGUUGUUUUGCUGCUAGAUUCCCAAGCUCUGAAUACUAAAGCUUUGUUUACAUGUCCAUACACCUGUCUUGAGUAUUGUUGAAUUUCAUUCCAACAAACGGUAUCGUUUUACAGUUCCUUUUUAUUAUUUUAAAAUCAGCCUGCACCAUUCUUUAGGUGAUCAGUAAGUAUUCAAAAGCAAGAGGUGUUUAUAAGUGUUUCUACAGUAGCUUUACAUUUGUACUUGCAUUUUAAUUACAACUGUACUAAAGUGGCUUGCUUUAAAAUCUAAGCAAUAAGCAUUUUGCUUGAACUGCUUACUGUACAUUUUACCUAAGAUCAUAGUGACCUUAUUCCGGAAGUGAAAUAUAAAAGUGUACUUUUGGGAACUGAAAUUGUUGCUAAAGAGAACAUUUGUAAACACUGUAUGCUUUCAGAUUUUCAGGUAGAGAGAUGCAAUAUUUUGGUAAUCCAGUUAAAUAACAGAAAUUAUCCAUUUAUCCUGUAUUGGAAUUUAACUUGGAUAAAUGUUUUUCUCAAGGAUCCUGGGACUUAUUAAUGUUUUGUUUUUUACAGGCAAAUCCUAAAAGCCAUGAUUGGAUUUAUGGAACUUAACUCUGGUUAUUUGUAUGAGUUCCUUUACACAGGGUCUAAGGGAAGCAUUUCAUAUGACUUGUUUUAUAUUACUUAAAUGUCAUUUAGGUGAAGAUAAGGUGAUGGUGGGUUUCCUCUUACUUUCAGCUGAUCGUGGCAGACUUUUCCUUUUUUGGGAGAAUUAUGCACUGGUCGCUGCAAAGGGAGAAACUGUAACUUUACACUGACUACUAUAAUAUGAAAACUAGUAAACUGUUGCUCGGACUAUUCCAUCAAAAUACAGUUGGUCAAUUUAACGUUGGUUCUCUCAAGAGAAUACGGAAACAGAAAUUGAUUUUUCUAAUGAUGUAUUCCCAAAGGAUUAAGGGACCAGUUCUUGGACUGCCCAUCUUAACAGUUUUAAAGACAUCUUUUGCUGAAUUCAGAAGGAAUGUCCUGAGCAGUUUAGAACACAAUAGUCAUUAGAUAAUGGGGUCAGAUGAGCAAAAUAAUGUGAAUGUUCCAGGGAUACACGUAAUAUUUUAAAUUGUCUAUGUUCCUGUUAGGACAAAGUGACAUUCAGAUGAGGAUUUUGGAGCACAAUAAAUGUAUUCUUCAAACUGUAAAUGACAUGUCUUUGUAUGAUGAUAAAUGUACAAAAGCAGUAGCUCAGGAUUACAAAGUACCUUUUAAAAUAAACUAAUAAAGAUUAUUAUCAAAUU